AUGUCUCAACAAAAUAUAAACAAUUACAACUAUUAUUAUGAUAUUAAUCAACCAACAUACCCUUCAAACGCUUAUUCUACGUUUAUUGCUACCAUUCCAACAGAAACAAACUUUACUCAACAAUCUCUUUACGCGUCAGAUUAUCGAAUUCACAAUGAUCAAGAUCAUUAUAUGGAACCUUUUGGGAAUACACAAUUAGAUAAUGGAGUAAUUUCCAUAAAUACAGAUUACAUGAACAAUUCAAAUCCGCAAAUUCAAAAGCUGGUCGAAACUUCAAAUUGCUCACUUAAUGAUAAUAAUUGUUCGUGCUAUAAAUUUAUAUCAUGUGAAAAAACCGAGUGUGAUCAAGCAGGAUUUGCAACUCCUGGAUCAUAUCAAUUAAAUGUAACACCUCGACACUGUCAAAACUUUGAACAAAAUGAGGAAAUACCAUGUGGUUCAAUAGUCCUUUACCAAUCCCAGAAUGAACCAAUCGUUGCAACACCUUUGUCCACCGUUAUCCAUCAAAAUCCUAUAAAUCCAAGUGAAUCUUUGACAAAAGAACAAACCGACGAUCACAUUUCUUCUAAAUACUAUGUCAAAAAGACCUCAACGAUGAUAGUUCGAUCGGAAACAUCACCAGAAAUCCUAAAAAAAUAUGAGACGUGCGAAGAAUUUAUCAUAUACUAUGAAAAACGAUAUCAAGUUUAUGAAGAUGGGGAAAUGGAGACUUUUGAAGAGCAAGUUGUUAAAAUGGACAGAAAAGUGAAAGUUGAGGUUUUUAACGGUUAUAGUUAG